UCCCACACCACUCCUGGUGGCCUCUCCCCUCCAUGGCCCCCCUGGCUCACGCCCUGGCACUGCUGGCAAUGGCCGUGGCCGCUGCGGCCAUUGAUGUGGUGCCCCUGGACAUGGCCUGGGAGUCCUUCGAUGACCAGUAUCGGGGCUGCGGCCCUGCCAUGACCGCGGCCUUGCCGGCCCUCAGACUCUCCGAGUUCCAGAAGAAUCCUCUGUUCACCCGGCUCUGGGUGAAGGCUGCGGCUGAGUGGCGCAAGCGGGGCUUCCGUGUGUCCCCUCUGUCGUCCCCAGCCCAGGCCAUCGCUGUCAUGGCUUACUCGAGCAAGGACGUGCACCAGCAGUUCAACGAGGCCGUGCGCAGGGCUGGGCGCUCCCCCCAGGAAUACCGAAAGAACUUCCACUUCAAAACGUUGCAUUUCCUGCUGACCCAUGCCCUGCAGAAGCUGAGGCAGGCUCAGAACCCGCAGUGCCGCAACGUGUUCUGGGGCGUUCCUGGCACUCAUUUCCAAGCGCGGCGUGGCCAGGCGGUCCGGUUUGGUCAUUUCACAUCAAUGUUUCCGCGUAAAGAGAUUGCUCAGAAAUUUGGGACAGACACUAUAUUCCAGGUGGUCACAUGCCAAGGCGUGGACAUCCGGGCUUUCUCCAUGUAUCCAAUGAAGCAGGAGGUUCUGAUCCCACCAUACGAAACCUUUGAGGUCACCCAAGUCAUCUGGGAUGGGAAGACUACAUGGAUCCGGCUCCGCUCCACCGGGACCUACAGCAAAUACAACUGCGAGUGGCUGUAA